AUCUGUAAACUGGAGGAGCAUCUUCUCCCUCUGACGUCAUGACAGCAGCAUCAGCUGUUAGCUCUGCUUUAAGCCUUUUCGCUGCCGAUCGCUGCCUGCACAAAGGAAAUAUAUGAGAUCCCCUCUAAUCCCUGAAAUGGCGACACAGGAGGUACAGCUGAACGAGACUCUCUCCCACCUCAAAACGGAGUCGGAGACGCUGAAGACGAAGCUGGAGGAGGAAAGAGCGAAGCUGCACGAUGUCGAGCUACAUCAGGUGGCCGAGAAGGUGGAGGGGCUGGGUCAGUUUGUCAUGAAGACCCGAAGAACUCUGAAGGGACAUGGCAACAAAGUUCUGUGUAUGGACUGGUGUAAGGACAAGAGGAGGAUCGUCAGCUCCUCACAGGAUGGAAAAGUGAUCGUAUGGGAUGCUUUCACCACCAACAAGGAGCACGCUGUGACAAUGCCGUGCACCUGGGUGAUGGCCUGCGCCUACGCCCCCUCUGGCUGUGCUGUGGCUUGUGGGGGCCUGGAUAAUAAAUGCUCAGUGUAUCCUCUGUCUCUGGACAAGAAUGAGAACUUGGCUGCCAAGAAGAAAUCAGUGGCCAUGCACACAAACUACCUGUCUGCCUGCAGCUUCACCAACUCGGAUAUGCAGAUCCUGACAUCCAGCGGGGAUGGGACGUGUGCAUUAUGGGAUGUGGAGAGUGGGCAGCUGUUGCAGAGUUUCCAUGGACACGCUGCAGACGUGCUCUGUCUGGACCUGGCCCCCUCUGAGACUGGAAACACAUUUGUUUCAGGGGGCUGUGAUAAGAAGGCCAAUGUGUGGGACAUGCGUUCAGGACAGUGUAUUCAGUCCUUUGAAACUCAUGAAUCAGACAUAAAUAGUGUGCGAUACUAUCCCAGUGGAGAUGCAUUUGCAUCUGGCUCAGAUGAUGCAACAUGCCGCCUGUAUGACCUGAGGGCAGACAGAGAAGUGGCUAUUUAUUCCAAAGAGAGCAUCAUAUUCGGGGUCUCCAGUGUUGAUUUCUCUCUGAGUGGACGGCUACUGUUUGGUGGCUACAAUGACUACACCAUAAAUGUUUGGGAUGUUCUCAAAGGAACACGGGUCUCUAUUCUGUUCGGACAUGAGAACCGUGUCAGUACGCUGCGUGUUUCCCCAGACGGGACGGCCUUCUGCACGGGCUCCUGGGACCACACUCUUCGGAUCUGGGCUUAAGGAUGAAGACGCAGAGGACUGAAUGGUAGACAGACCUACUGAAGACACAACAACCUUUCUGUUUGCUAGAGUACAAUCACAGAGAUAGAGACUCAGUUUUGGUUGUACAUAGGGCAUAUCAAUAGCAUUGUAUAUACUCCAGUCUCAUGGCCACGGUAGAUUUACAUAUUUCAGAGAACAGUUAAACCAAAUGGCACGCUUGUAUUACAGUAUGAUUGAGAGAAAAUUGCACAGAAGUACUUAUGGUUACUACAACUUAAGAUGUAAAAUGUAUAUUGCAGAAAAUAACGUUGGUAGUGACUAGCAUCAGUCUAGGAUAGAAAUGACACAAUAAAGUGAUGUAUUGUAUGUGCCCACUUAAAGGACAUGUUUAUUUAUUUGUUUUUUCACAAAAUGUAACGGAGGAAUGCAGACUGUAAAAGAAAAUGGGAUACUAGGAAAAAAAAACCACAUCUGCAGGAGAAGUUGUAAGGUUUCAUGAAGGCUUCAGCUUCACUUGGCUUGAAUUCCUCAUGCCACAGAUGGAGAACAGAGAGAUAUUUGUGGCUUCUCUGUAAAUGAUAAAUGUUGGGAUAUGAGGACGAUUAGAUUGGCUUGUAGAAUUUAAUCAACAUUAAUUAGUCUGAAGCCAAUUAAAAAUGACACUGGAUACAAGGGAGCAUUGGCACAAAAUAUUACAAACCAAAGUACAAAUUUGUAGUUUAUUAAAGAUGGAACAAUAUAUAAUUUCACACCCUGUGCACCCAGCAAGCCUUGACAGCAUCUCACUCGCCAAUAUUAUUCUAAUGUAAAGAAAGCACAUAUUACAGGUAAACUUAAUGGUGUUAACUUUCCCUCCCUAUGGUUUACUAGUCAUCUGUCUGUUUCCAGCUGUGGAAGCCACUCCCUGCUCUAUGUGCACAUCCGGUCACUGCAGACACCCUGAACCUGUGGUC